CUCUCUCUCUAAAAACUGGGUCUUUUUCUUGGUUUUGUUUUGUUGAGAAAGGCAUGAAAGUGGUAUGGAGGUGGACGAGAUUCAAAUGCAGGGAUGUAACAAGAUGAGUCGGCAAAAAGGGAAUGAGCUAUACCCAGAUGAUGAAGAAGAUGGAGAGGUCAAACGGAUGAGGGGAGCAAUUGGUGGCGGAAGCGCUGGCCUUGGCCGUGGGUCGCCGACAUCGCGGAUUGUUAGGGUUUCUCGGGCAUCGGGAGGGAAAGAUCGGCACAGCAAGGUUUGGACCUCCAAAGGGCUUCGGGACCGUCGAGUCCGUCUCUCAGUUCACACGGCAAUACAGUUCUAUGAUCUUCAAGAUCGUCUCGGUUACGAUCAGCCCAGCAAGGCCGUGGAAUGGCUACUGAGUGCGGCUGCUAGUUCCAUUGAUGAGCUACCUUCAAUUAACACUUCGUUUCUGGACACUCCUAAGCAAAUGAAUGAUAUAAAGAGGUUUGAUUUAGCUGAUGCAGAAUUAGAUGGUGGUGAGCAAAAUUAUCAGCAGCAACAACAUAUUUCUUUAUCGAAAUCGGCUUGUAGUAGCACUUCGGAAACUAGCAAAGGCUCAUCUUUGUCCCUUGCUCGAUCUGAAAAUCGCAUAAAAGCUCGAGAGCGAGAAAGAGAGAGGGCAGCGAAGGAGAAGGAGAAAGAAAAUGAGUCUUGUGUCAUCAAUCAUCCCAAUGUGAACCCCAUUUCUCAGACCUCUUUCACUGAGCUUCUCACCGGUGGCAUAGGCAGUAUUGGUAACAGCAAUACGAGUCCCAGUGGAUCAGCUCAACAAAACCAUCGUGGUGGCGAGUCUAAUAUGUUCCACAAGUCAACAAGGCAGUGGUCUUCAGCUCCCAUGGAUUAUUUCGCCUCCGAACUUCUUGAUCCGUCAUCGUCCCGAACACAUCAUUCUUCUUCUGGGUUUCCCGGCCAAAUUCAUUUGGGGAAUUCCCUCCCACAGUCCAUGACCAUUCCACCUUUCAGCGUUGGAGAUCACCACCCAGAGCAGCAGCAUUUCUCUUUCGUCCCGGACCAUCUGGUCUCGGUGGCAGCCCCAGCUGGUGGGGGCGACUAUAACCUCAACUUCACAAUCUCUUCCGGCGUUACUGCUGGUUUCAACAGGGGGACCCUUCAGUCCAAUUCGCCGUCUCUGAUGCCUUACCUUCAGAGGUUUUCUUCUGUAGACGGAUCAAAUGUGCCCUUCUUCAUUGGCACUGCGGCUUCAAAUGCUGCAGCUAUGGAGAAUAAUCAUCACUUCCCACCUGGACUUGAUGGCCGCUUGCAACUCUACUAUCGUGACUCCGGCCAGCAUUCCGACCAGAAGGGGAAAGGAAAGAACUGAGUUUCUUCAAUGGCUAGUUCCUCCUGGCACAUCUUCGAACUCUGGUAAGUGGUGGUAUUGAGUAGUACUAGUAUAAUUUUAUUUGCAAGUUAAGCUUUUUGUGCUUAUUUGUUUGUUGCUCUUUCUUCACAUGGGCUUCAUUCACUCUGCUAUACUGUUCUAUAGGUUAUUUUUUUUUUUUUAUAUUAAUUAUUUUUAAAUUGCUA